AUGCGGCCCAGGCGAUGGAUCCACCCGCCCCCGUGCAGGCCCCCAGAUCCGCAUCCGCCGCCCUUCACUCCCUUCCUCCCGCGACCCCCUCCUCCUCCUCCUCCUCGAGUCCUCCGCCCACCACCUCGCCUGCACAUCUCACAGACGAUCCCCUCUCCUCCUCCGAUCGCUUCGACGUCCCGCCUUGCCCCUCCGACCGUCGAGCCAACUCGCCCUCCGCCUCCCCCUCAACCUCAUCCACCUCAACUCGCCCACCUGCGCUCAACUCUCGACUCCCUCCCCCCUUUCCCCUCUUCAACAACGCACGGCGCGCCCCGCCUCGCGCUGUACAGGCAGAAAGACCUCGAGGGGGAAUUGAGGGCGUGGAGGAGCGCGUGUGCGAGGUGUCAUGCCCUGCUCUCGGCCUUUCCUGCGCCCGCGCCGAGCGAGGGGAAGGAAACCUCUCGCCUGCUCUUACACCUCAACCACCUCUCGGCCUUCACCGACCUCGACCGAGCGUUCUUCACCUCCAAACUCGGCGGAUACGGUCGCUCUCUCUCGCGGGCUAUCCGGGCCGCCCACGCACGGGGGGAAGAAGUAGUCGAGGGGAGAAAGUUGCGAGGUGUUUCGGGGAACCCGUUGAGGAUGGGCAAAGGGUUGGGGUGGGAGAGGGGAGAGGAAGAUGUGGCGUGGAUGGUCGCGUUCGAGGCGGCGCUCAGGGACAGGAAGGGGGGGAAGGGAGGAAAGGGAGCGGACGAGAAGGCGGUCGAGAAGUUUGGCAAGUUGGUCAGGGCUAUGCGGAUGCGCGGUGGCGCAAAGAGCGACGAGGAGCGGGCGAAGGAGCGGAAGACGGUGGGCGGAAGCAAGGGAGUGGCAAAGGACGGGCGAAACGGACGAACGGCGGCCGACCGGAUCGACUCUCACCUCCUCGCCUUCCUCACGCGCAUCAUGAGCCGCGUCCACGCGCGUCUCGGCACGCCCGUCGUUGGCGAGCCAAGUCGCGGGCGGCUCCUUGCGCUGGACGAAGUCGACCUGAUCGUCGAGGAGAUCAAGCUUGCUGAGGCCGACGAAGGCGAGGAAGUUGUCUCGAUGGCGUUGCUCGAGUCGGCCAUGUCCGGAUUGGAGGAACAGGCAUCGGCGCCGCAGUCGUACGGAGCGAAAUCGACCCCCGUCUCGGUCGACCACCCGCUCUUCCGCAAAGUCGAGGAGGACAUCGAGAUCCUCGUUGCGCGAUUCGACAACUCCGACGUCGUCCCUCCACGCUCGAGCGCCCCGAAACACCGACUGAUGCGCGACCGCCACGCCCACAUCCUUUACACUACAAUCCGCUUCCUCAUCCUCCGUGCGCGCAUCUCUCGCUCCCGCUCCUCCGCACGUCACUCCCUCCUCUCCGCCUCGCAACUCUACUCGAUCCUCCUCGGUCUCUCCAAAUCGUCUUCGUCGCGCUCACCCGCCUCAAUCGCCCGACUACGAGUAUGGCAGACUUCGGCGCUGUACAGGCUCGUAUGGGCUCAUAUGCCCACCUCUGCGCGUACCGUCUCAGGGCGGAAGGAGCCUACGGUCUCGUUCCUCGACCCGGGCGAAUUCGACCGCGAGACGGCGACGCGGAUACUCGACUUGCUCGACUUGACGCGCGCAGCGGUAGCCGACAUCCCGCCUUCCGUGCGACCCGCAGGCCCGAGCCCGACAUAUCGACAAGUCCGCGACCCAAGGUUGAUCGGGAUGUCGACGUCGUUCUUGCGGACAUUUCUCGAGACGCUCGUCCGGCCUUUUGCGCCUCAGCCUAGUCCGUCUCCGCCGCACGCUCAUCCGCACCCGCAUCCGCACCAUCACCAGUCCCGCCGCUCGCCGCAGGCCUUCACACCGACUCACGACCUCCUCGACCGUACCCUCCGUACGGUGCUCUCCCUCCGAUCAUGGGACGCCUCCCUGCCCGUGCUACCCCGCGCCCAAACUGAAGUCGACCACCACCCCUGGGAAUACCGCCUCUUCUCUCGUCCGAACCUCGUGAUCCACCUCGUCCGCGGAUGGGUCCUCGCGCCUUCUCCUCCCUCUCAAGCCGGAAAAAGCAGCCGAGGCGAUUCGCGCGACCACCUCAUCCCGCGUCUCUCGUCCCUCCUCUCGCUCUUCUCCGCGCUCGUCAAGCUCCCGCCUAACGAGUGCUGGCAGAGUGAGAAUGUGGGACGGGUGGCGGAGGAUGUUGAGUGGGCUGUUGGGGAGGUUGUGGAGCGUCAGUGGGGAAGGGAUCGGAGGAGAGGGGAGGAGGGGUGGAGGGAGGAGGUUGCGAGGGUUGUGAGGGAGUGGAGGGGGGAGAUGCGGGAGAUGGAGGAGGAGAGGCGGAAGAGGGAGGAUGAGGCGAGGAGAGAGAAAGAUGCGACUUCUCGCUCGAAGUCGCCCACGGAACGACCGACGAUAUCAUACCCAUCCCUUCCACUCAGCACCUAG